CGCGUUCUUCUACCUGUUCCCCUUCCUUGACCGCGCCAACUCAAGAAGAAACAACAAAUAAUCCAGUAAUGAACGUGAGUGCGUGAACUGAGUAUUUAGUUUGUGCUAGAAACAUGAAAGUUACUCAGUUGUUGGUUGUGCUGAUAUCCUCCUUCUAUUUCACGCAAGGAAUUCAAGUUCAUCACUCAUCUCAUGCAGUUGCCGGAACUAAAGAUCAUGGACACGGUGAACAUUUAAGCGAGCACAAGCAUGAAACAUCUAGUGGCGGUAGCAGUAAGCACGAUGUAGAGAAAAGAAAGAAAGGACAAAAAGGUAACGUGUUGCAUAAAAUAGAACAUGAGGAGGGCGGCGGAAAAAAAUCUCACCAUAACUCAGAAGACUCGCACAGUUCUUCUAAGAAACAUGGAGGUGGAUCACAACAUGGGCUCAAAUUUGGAGAAGGCAGUGCAAAGAAAAAAGUCAAUUUCAAAAAGGGGUUCAGUGAGCAGUAUCAUAAGGACGAAUCAAUAAACCACGACAGUUUCUACAGUAAAGCUGAUAAGAAUGGAGAAUUUGAAAUAUUUGGACAGAAACAUUCUAAAUAUAAGACUCAGGAAUUCGAGAAGAAGAAUCUUGGAAAACACAAGAAAUCUGGGACCAACAACUCUCACGGUAGGUCCUCCAAAAAAGUUGGAGGGCACAACAAACAAGCCCAUAAAGGUCACCAGGCACAGUCAGGGUCCAAAUCUCAUGCCAAGCAUUCCAACAAAUAUGGAAGGAAGUCUUCAAACCAUGGAGGAAAACAGUAUCAUUUCAGUACGACCCCUCAUAAGUGAGAUCGAAGGGAUAUAAAGAUUAUUAUUUUUUAGUUUCUUAAUUUUAUUGUAUGAAAUUCUUGCGAUGAUGAUAUAAAAUAAAGUUGUUUGAGUAGUAGAAUAGCGUAAGCUAAACUCCGCCAAGAUAAAAAUAAAAAAGAUGAAAAUAAAAGUUUUUUUU